AUGUUAGCAGCCAUAUUGUAAUUGUGUGGAUCUGUCGGAAGAAUUAUUUGAGCGUUAACAAUAUUUUGAUUUAUCACAAACAUCCUAUACUAUAUUGUACGGAAAGUUUUGUGAUUUGUUUGUACAUAUUUUAUAUUACAUUGUAAAGAGUGAAGUGAUAGUGUGUUUCGCUUUAACAACGAAUCUAUCGAUUUUUUCUUCUAUAUAGGGGAUAGGGCCUAAAUUCCAAUUCGAAGAUGGGUACUCGAGACGAUGAGUAUGACUAUUUAUUUAAAGUUGUACUUAUUGGAGAUUCUGGAGUUGGAAAAAGUAACUUACUGUCACGUUUCACUCGUAAUGAGUUCAAUCUGGAAUCAAAAUCAACAAUAGGAGUUGAAUUUGCAACUAGAAGUAUACAGGUUGAUGGAAAGACUAUCAAAGCCCAAAUAUGGGAUACAGCAGGACAGGAGCGAUAUAGAGCUAUUACAUCUGCGUAUUAUCGUGGUGCAGUAGGAGCACUGUUGGUUUAUGAUAUUGCAAAACAUCUGACAUAUGAGAAUGUGGAACGAUGGUUGAGAGAGUUGAGGGAUCAUGCAGACCAGAAUAUAGUUAUCAUGUUGGUAGGCAACAAAUCAGAUUUAAGGCACUUGCGGGCUGUCCCGACGGAUGAAGCCAAAGCAUUUGCUGAGAGAAAUGGACUCUCAUUCAUUGAGACUUCAGCUUUGGAUUCCACAAAUGUUGAAACGGCCUUCCAAAAUAUUCUGACAGAAAUCUACCGCAUCGUGUCUCAGAAGCAGAUCCCGGACAGCCCGGAUGAAGACACACCGUCCGGGAAUAUGAAACCCAUCCAUGUGGAGCCAACAGAUGAAAGCAGUGCAGCCAAGAAAGCUUGUUGUACGCCAUAAGGCUCGGCAUUAAAAAAAACCUAACAUAUAUGGAACUGAGGACAGUGUUUUGAGUAAGUGAUUGAUAUGAAGGACUGGUGGGACAUGUAUACUACAUGAAGAAACUUGAUGAAAGGCAGUGACCGUCUGAGGCAUCGUUGGGAACAGAGCGACGAAAAGAGGUGGCAGACAGCAAUGACUUCUUAUCAUGUACUCAGUAGUACAUCGGGUGACUGUCAGUAAUAAUUAUUAAAGCAUAAAUAGCAAGCUAUUUCUUCGUGUUAUGUAUUAUAAAAAUGUAAGAGUAAUAAACUGGCCGGCCUUCUAUGUUCCAGUGCUCUUCAAAUAACAAUGGCAUUACUCAAAUUGAAGUAAAAUGCAAUUAAAAUACAAUAAUGUAGGUCUCAAGUUAUCUGAAGUACAUUCUAUACAUUACUGUUGCUAUUUGAAGUGGAAUUAAUUUUCUUAUGAUGCAACAGUGAUGGUAAUGGAAACUUUAUUUAUCUGCACCACUGAUAUAUAAGUAGGAUAUUGGUUCAUUUGGAUUUAUUCCUGUGUAGCUUUACUAAUACUAUAUAUGUGACUUGCCUUGUGAGAAUUAACUUGGCAAAUCACGAUUUUUCAUCCUUGUUUGGUACUACUAUGAUUUGUAUGAAAGUUUCUGCUGUGUGGUGUUUCCUGUAGUUCCAGUGUUGAGAUGCAAUGCCGUACUAUCACAUUUUUCACUGAACAGUCCAAUAUAUUAAAGGGUAUCAUAUUACUGUAAAAAUGCUAGGCACGUAAAAUUGAUGUUACUAAGCAAGAUGUAAGUGGAAGUGUCUCAUGCAUCCAUAUUUUUUAAGCUUCUGUUUAAGAUGUACAUGCAAUUUUUCAUAGGUAUACAAUUUUGCCUGGUGCUGUGUUUUCAGGUGGGAGAACUAUUCACAUGGCCCACUAUGUUAGAGCAAUGUUAUUAGGCUAUUUGAAUUUGAUGGUUAUCUUGGAAAUGUAAAAUAAACCUUUGCUGCUAAACCACUACUUUGCUUUAUGAAUGAGAAUGAGCUUAAACUAAUUAUCUGUUAUGACAUUGUGAAUACUUUGAAAUUGCCAUGGUUGUAAUAUAAUUUAAUUUUUGCAAACACAAGAGAAAUCCUGAUUGUUGUAGAUUGAAAUUGUGCCCCAAAUAAAUUCACUUAUUCAAUAUGAAUGCAGGCUAGCAGAUUUUAAUAUGUGGAUUUUGUGUACAAAGUUUAUUUGGGAAUUUUUAUGGUUAGCUACGUAGACAAACAAUAGUGUACUGUAUUAAACAUGUACAGUAGUGGCAUGUGAAUUUACCACGAGGCUAGCAUUAUUCAUUUUGUUAUGUUGGCAAUACAUAGAUGAUCAGUAAUGUGCCAGUAAUUGGAAAAAUCUAUAUAAAGACUGUGCAGUUCUGUUCAG